AUGGCACGCCUCUAUUUCUCACUUCGCACCAACUUACCCAGACACGCUAUGGGCUUCUCCGACUACCCAUUUACCUCUAACCAAUAUGGCGAUUCUAGGAUUUUUCCUGGGCAUGAAGAAGUGCUAAAGUUUUUGGAUGAUUUUGCUAAAGACUUUGGACUCGUUGAGUUGAUACUGUUCAAUACUGAAUNAUAUGGCGAUUCUAGGAUUUUUCCUGGGCAUGAAGAAGUGCUAAAGUUUUUGGAUGACUUUGCUAAAGACUUUGGACUCGUUGAGUUGAUACUGUUCAAUACUGAAUUGGUCCGAGUUGAGCAGGUCGACUCGAGGAACAACAAGUGGGUUGUUGAGUCAAGAACGAGUGAACUGAGUUCGGAGGAAAUAUUUGAGGCAGUGAUGGGUUGCAGUGGUCAUUAUUCUGCACCUCGAGUGGCAAAUCUUCCAAGUACGUACGUUCAUGGGUAA